GCUGCGCUGUGCCGUCCCGCCGCGGCCGCCACGACCCCGAGGGGGCCGACAGGAAGAGUGUGGCAGCGCCGGAGCUAUAAAGCGUGCUGAAAUGUUGCGAGCACCACCGAGUGCAGCCACUGGGCUGCGAUCCGUCUGUUUAUUUACUUGUUCACAGAAAGUUUGACCCUUCCUCAAAACAAAGCUGAUGGAAGUGAAUGGCUGCAGAGUUGAACAACGGCGGUUUCGCUUUCAGGUUCCCUUGGCACCCCGGCCGUGGCCGUUACAGGAGAAGCAGCCGACCCGCUCGGAGGCGUGCCCGCAAACUUCCAGCAGUGCCCCUCACGGCUUUUCCUCUUUUUUUUUUCCUGCCUCCUCUUAGGGCAAAGCAUGCCCUUUCGCUGCGAUCAGUAGUUCCAGGGUUCAUUGCAGCAUCGCUUCUGCCGCCAGACUUCCUUCGCUGAAUAAAGUUAUUCGCUGUUGCCCUAGGAAGCAUAAUAACAAAUCCUAUGAAUCACUGAGGAGAGCUGCUGUGGGAGGCCACAAAACAAACACGAUUUCUCAGAGGGUUGCUUCACAGAUAGGGAUAGAGCCGUGUGACCGACGCCCUUACCAAGCAGAUCUCUGAAGCUUCCCGUGAAGGCGGGAGACAGCAGGACGAACGCCUGUAUCGCUAAGUCAUGCACUGAUUUCUGAGGAGUUUCAGUGAGACUGCAAGUAUCGGGGCGUGCUGGGCAUUCUGGCACCUUUCACGUUAAUGCAGUAGAUGUAUCCAUUGGGAACUCUGGAGUAAUCCUGGGGGUUUGCCUCUGCUUUUUAAUGGUAUCUGUGUAGAUAGAGGAGUAAAGCGUUGUCUUAGGAAGAAUUCUAAUGGAUGAAGCUUGGUGGCUGGAGAUGGCUUUUUCCCCAUCGUGUACUGUAAGUUGGACUAUGAAACGGAUCUUAAAGUGCCGGUUUGCAGAUUCUGUAUAAGUCCACGCACAUUUUAGAAAUGGAAGACAGUAUUAAUGAACAUUGUUACAGAAAGUUGUUUGUUAAGGAUGAAUUAACAUUAUAAAUGUGUGUGUAUGUCUGUGGGCUAGAAGGGUGUGUUAGUUUCUUGAACUGUUAACUGACUUGUUUGAAUUUAGCACUUGUAUUUUACAGUAUGUUUUCUUUUUCUUUCACUUGCCAGUAAUGAAUUUCACUUGUAUUUUUUUCUCUGCAGUGAUGUGGCAAAUAGUUUUUGGAACAAAAAGUUAAUAUGGGAAAGGAGCAAUAGGGGUGGAAUCUCUCUCCUCCAUCUUGGAUUUCACUGAAGUUUGUUAUCUCUCUAAGUUGAGUGCUGUUGCCUUCUAAAAGGGUCCUUGAUAGGUUUCAGAAAAAAAUCACAGAAUCAUAGAGAUUGGAAGGGAUCUCUGAAAAAUACUUGCCUUUUAAUGAAUAUAGAAGUUUAAAGAAAAGAUGGAAGGACACAACUUCAUUGUGUGUCUUAAUCUGAUUACAUUUAUCAAGGCACGGAAGUAUGCAUAACAUUUGGGCAAUGUAUUCAUCUUCUUCUCGUGAUUGCACAAGAGUGCAUUAGAACAAAGAUGGAUGUAUAAGUAUUGAGCAUCUCCAAGGAACCAUAAGGCAGUAUGGCAGAGAACAUGAGAUAUCUCAGGAACUUUUUUAUUUACAACUGUCUGUUUGCAUUCACUUUUUGGAACAAUAUUGGCCUGGCUAUGAAAAAUGAACUCUUUACAUCUGUUCCUAACAAUUUUCUACAGGAUGGUUUGGACAAAAAAAACUUGAGCCUUCCACACUCAUAUACAAAUAAUCAGCAGUCCAAAGCUGAUUUUGGUUGGGUUGUGAUAGAAAAUACUACGGAAAGCCUAUCAUUGUCAGAAAUCAAAAAAGACAAUGUAAGAAAAUUAAUAACUUUAUUAUCUAAUUUUAGAAAAGGUUCCAGGCUUCAAAAUCUGACACUAACGAAUAUGUCAGUGGACUGGAAAGAUUUUAUUAAAGCACUCCAGACUGUAUGGCACUCAUCCAUUGAAUACUUCAGUAUCAACAACUUAAUACAAGAGGGGAACGUCAGAAGUUCUCGCUUCGACUAUUCAGAUACUUCCAUGAAAGCACUUGCACUGAAUAAUGUUAGAAUCACAGACCUAUACUUUUCACAGGAUGACAUUUAUAACAUAUUUGCAAACAUGAACAUUGAAGCCUUGACAAUAGCUGAUUCUGAGUUAAUUCACAUGGUAUGUCCUUCAUCUGACAGUCCAUUUAGGUAUGUAAAUUUCUCAAAGAAUGAUUUAACAGAUCUGCUUUUUCAGAACUGUGACAAACUAAUUCAACUGGAGACAUUUAUUUUGAAUAGGAAUAAAUUUAAGAGCCUUUCCAAGGUGAGCUUCAUGACCAGCCGUAUGAAAUCACUGAGGUAUCUGGACAUGAGCAGCAACUUGCUGCGUAACAGUGGAGCUGAGAAGCGCUGCCAGUGGACUGAUUCUCUGUCGGAGCUGGACCUGUCCUCCAACCAGCUGACAGAGUCGGUGUUUGAGUGCUUGCCCGUUAAUAUCAACAAACUGGACCUACAAAACAACCAGAUUGCCAGUGUCCCCACGGGGAUUGCUGAGCUGCAGUCCUUGAAGGAGCUGAACCUGGCAUCCAACAGGCUGGCCGACCUGCCAGGGUGCAGGGCCUUUGCGGGCCUGGAGAUCCUGAACAUAGAGAGGAAUUUGAUCCUCACGCCAAGUGCCGACUUCUUUGAGAGCUGCCCGAGCGUGAAGGAGCUACAAGCUGGGCAAAACCCGUUCAAGUGUUCGUGUGAGCUGCAGGACUUCCUGCGCCUGGAAAGGCAGUCUGGGGGCAAGCUGUCCGGCUGGCCAGAGGCGUACGUGUGCAAGUACCCAGAAGACUUGAGCGGAACGCAGCUGAAGGACUUCCACCUGACCGAGCUGGCCUGCAACACGACUCUGCUGCUCGUGACAGCUCUGCUGCUGACCCUGGUGCUGGUGGCUGUGGUGGCCUUUCUGUGCAUCUACCUGGAUGUGCUGUGGUACGUGCGGAUGCUGUGGCAGUGGACGCAGGCAAAGCGGAGAGCUUGGCACGACUGCCCCGAGGGGCGGGAAACCGUUCUGCAGUUUCACGCCUUCAUUUCGUACAGCGAGCGCGAUUCGUUGCGGGUGAAGAACGAGCUGAUCCCCAAUCUGGAGAAGGGGGAGGGCUGCAUCCAGCUGUGUCAGCACGAGAGGAACUUUAUCCCUGGCAAAAGCAUCGUGGAGAAUAUCAUUAACUGCAUUGAGAAGAGCUACAAGUCCAUCUUUGUGUUGUCCCCCAACUUUGUGCAGAGCGAGUGGUGUCACUACGAGCUGUACUUUGCCCAUCACAAGUUGUUUAGCGAGAACUCCAACAGUUUAGUCCUGAUCUUGCUGGAGCCGAUCCCUCCAUAUGUUAUCCCUGCGAGGUACCACAAGCUGAAGGCUCUCAUGGCCAAGAGAACCUACCUGGAGUGGCCGAAGGAGAGGAGCAAGCGUGCCCUUUUCUGGGCUAACCUGAGGGCAGCUAUUAGCAUCAAUCUGUCAGUGCCUGUUGAACAGAACAGAACAGAAUUGUGAGGAAAGAUAUUAAAAGUUUUUAUAAUACAGUUUCUUCUUCUCCUUGAAAUUUUUUUCAUUUGUUAACCAAUAAAUACUUUAUAUCCAUUGAUUUUCAAUAUAUUUCACCUUGUAUUAUAAAACCUUGUUUCUGGAUAGUUAGUUGCUUUGUCACUAUAUGAAAAAAUCAGCCUGGUUUACUACAACUCACUUGAAAUUGGCAGGUUUUGGAUAUGGAUUUUGAUACCAUCAUUGAAAUAUUGUAAUACUGGUUUUCUCAACAGAAUGGAAACUUAAGCAGUCAUGUGGAAGAGUGCCUGAAUUGCUGGUGACUUAGGAGAUCUACAUUAAUCACAAAGUUUAGCCAUCUUGGUCACAGGAUUUCACAUUAAAAUUAAUUUGCAAGGAGAAAAAUUAUGCAUCCUGCAAAGAUAUCUAGAAGUUCAGCAUUUGAGAUUGUUCUUGGGUGAUGUUUUCUCAGACUGAAACUUAUAGCAUGGGACCCAGAUGUAGGACUGUGAAUAUCUAGCACUAGGGGCAGGCACGGCCAUGUCAGAAAGGAGGACUGGAUGAGGAAAGAAGGGGGAUUUUUUUCCUUGAAAAGAAAAGAGAUGGAUGAGCUAGUUUUCCUUUUCCUGUUUGCUGCCAAGAAGUAAUAGUGAGUGGACAGAGUUGUAAUUCCCAUGCUGUGAUAGACUCCUGGUAUCAUCUUGAUCUGAAGAGUUUUCUUUGAUGAAAGAAACUAAGAAGGUGUCACAAUAAUUGCCUUCAUUAUCAAUGGCUGCAUCUUGAGAAACUCUUGACUUCUCUACCUCCUCCUUUUCUUUAGCUUUAUACUUUUAUUUUUUCCCAUACAUGUAUCUCGUUUUAAGCUUAUUAUCAAAACAAUGUGAUCUCUUUUUAUGAUGAGAUGAUCUGCGUAGGUAGGUGAGAGAAAGGCUGUGGAUGUGAUUUAUGUGGAUUUUAGUGAAGUGUUUGACACUGUUUCCCAGAGUAUUCUGGAGAGGUUGGGUGCUCAUGGCUUGGACAGAAGCAUGAUUUGCUGGGUGAAGAUCUGGCUGGAUGUCCAGGCUCCAAGGGUCACAGUGAUUGGAGCUCAUUCCACUUGGUGCCUGCUCACCAGUUGCAUUCCCAGGGCUCAGUGUUGGGGCCAGUUUUGUUUCAUGUUUUUAUCUGUGAUCUGGAUGAGGGGAUUGAGCGUACCCUCAGUAUGUUCACGGAUUACACCGAGAUAGGCAGAACUGUGAAACUACUUCAUGCUAGGAAAGCUCUGUGGAGAGAUCUAGACAGGCUGGAUCGAUGAGCUGAGUCCAAUCUCAUGCCAUUCAACAGGACUCAGUGUAUACAGAGGCAAGUUAACAUCAGUUUAAUAGACUUGUACUCACAUUACUGGGGUAAUGGGACAGUGUCUUCACCAAGUUAUCAUUACCAGCUAUGACUGACCAAUAUAGUGUCUACCCUGGGAUUACCGCCAGCAGAUACUGGAGGCAGUAGGCUUGCAAGACGUCUGCUAGCCAUCGUUAUUACCAUGGCCAUAGAUGUAUUUAACAGCAGGAGACAAUAAAGCAUCACAUAUCAGGAUAGUCAAGGCCAUUUACAGGAAGCAAGGGGACUUAGUUAAAGCUACGGAGCAGUUUCUCACAAACAAGUUUCUUCUACAUACAGAAGCUAGAGGCAGUUUACUUGUAUUCUCAAGCUAACAUUAGCUCUUCCUCAUGGGCUAUUUGCCUGAUCAGGCUGUGAUCUGCUUUUUUUUCCCACAAAGGCUCUAAGGGACAUGGUUUACGCAUAGGACUUGGUAAGUCAAGCUGAAACUUGGACUUGAUCUUGAAGGUCUUUUCCAAUGUAGAUGAUUCCAUGAUUCUAAGAAUCUGUUGUUUACAGUGGAUACAGCAUCUUUUGCAGCACAGCUAUGCCUUCCUAAUCAGAAAGGCAGUAACUUGUCAGAGGCCAAAAAAAUUUCCAAUGUACUGGGACAACUGAUAAGACCAUAUAUAUUUGGAAUCAGAAGAACAAAUUUGCUGUCCUGUAUAGGAAUAUUGCAGGCCACUUUACCUGUAUUUUUGGUGUUUUGUCUUCAAGAAAACAUAGCUGGAUUCCAACAAACAUUCACAACUGCUGAAGAUCAUCACGUUUCCUCUUUGUCCCUAGAAGGACAAGUGUUUACCAUCUUGAAUACUAGACUUAGAUGAUCAAAUAUCAGGAAAUUGUUUCCAAAAAUAUUCAUCAUGGAAAAAAGAAGAUAUAUUGAAAUAAAAUCCUUAUUGAAGGUCUCUGCAUUUUCAUCACCUUCCAUCUUCAAUUAUUAUUUACAAAAUAUUUUAAUUGUGACUUUUUAAAUAGGUCUAAGCAGGCUGAGAUCUCUUGGCUUGAAAUCAAUAACUAUGAGCAACUCUCUAAGGAUUUGUAGGACAAGACCAAAUUUGAAGCUUUUAUAUGUCUUGUUCCAUUAGCCUCAAAAUUAAUACAACAAACCUAUCACCAAAUUGCAAGCAUUUCAUUCAGGAAUUUGGAAAGAAAUGUUUUCUGUACAUCCUCCAUCCCUUCCAACUAGUGCUUUAGUGUAUGACUUGUAUGAACUUCAGGCAACUGAAGAUGAACAGCCUUCGUGUGAUUUGCCCAUUUCUUUUGCAGCUUCAAAAACUUCAGAGUUUUAGUCAGCAGUCACUGAAACCAAGAAUUCGGCUGGCUGCUUCCGUUGGCUGGAAGAGGGGAAUAUUCUUGGAAAGUGACAGAAUGCACUUGGAGUCCUUCGUGCAGCUCAGAUGAGAGCACACACCUGAUGUUGGAAAAUACAUCUUUUAGGAGUGGAAGAUUUUAGCUGGGGUUUGCUUACCAUUUUGGAAAGAACUUGUGAACUAGAUACACCUCUGGCAAGACAGCUGAUGUGAUCAAACCGAAAUAUGUAAUUACAGGUCUGUAAUAUAUGUCCUAUAUCCUUGAGUGAAUAGUGUUAGAAAAGGAUGUGAUAAGAGUGGAGAAAUAUUAAAUCUGGUACUUUGAAAUCAGAA